UGGUACAAGGCUGUUGUGAAUAGCCUUGUACCAUGUGACCUCUGUGAUCAUUCAUAUAUUUCACAAGUAGUAAGCGUUGAAGUCAGGAAGUGAUAUCUUGUUAACUACUAUUCAUGUGAUCAUUGAUUGGCCAAUCAGUGACCACAUGAAUCGGGAACUCACACAGAGGUCUUGUACAGCGAUCUGUGUUCCGCUGUGUCUGGAGGGCACAGCAGGCACCAAUCGUGGUGCUGUGCGCUCCCAGGGAGUGCGCGCAGGCAAUGGAUUCGGGGGGACGUUUAGAAACGGCCACCCGAACCUGCACUGCCACCGUCCGGCCGUUUAUAUGCAACGGCCGGUCGGGAAGUGGUUAAAGUGAUCUCUUGGAGAAGUGGAUUUCCUCAGUGGUAUUUAAUUA